AUGAACAUGGUUUCAUCUAGAAAUAUACUUGUUAAGAAAUCAUCUAAUUCAUUCAAUGUUUUGUUGAAUUGGAAUAAUCAAAUGUCUAUACGACAUUUCUCAAAACUUUUAAGAUUUAAAACUCUCUCAAGAUCAUAUUCCUAUAUUGACAACCACAAUUGUUCCAAUUCGUUACUACUUAUUAAGAAAAAUGUGAUUGUAUCGAAAAAUUUUAAUCAUAAUUUAUCAAUUAUAUCACAACAAAGAUUCAUUUCAUUAUCAUUUAUACCUAAACUAAUUGUCAAGACUGUCAAAUUUCCUGCUUAUAUAGCAGGUGGUGCUGCUGGUGUUGGUUCUUAUAUGGCUUAUAAAUUGGAAGAAGUGAAUAAUUUUGCCAAGGAUAAAUUAGAUACAAUGAAAGAUAUUACAGAUUAUUUAAAAGAUACAUAUAAUAACUCUACUAUGUUCAAAAAAGAUUCUCAUUCUGGUAAUAACAACAACAAUAACAAUACGAAUGGUUCAGAUACUGGGUUAGGUACUGCAGUACUAUUAACCACAUUAGCUGAUGAGGAUAAGAGUUAUGAAGGUGAUGUGGAAGAAGAAGAAGAUGAUGAUGAAGAAGAAGAUGAGGACGAUGAAUAUUCAUCGGAUCAAACCCAAGAUGAAAUGUUGAAUUUGACAAAGCAAAUGAUCGAAAUUAGAACGAUCUUAAAUAAGAUCAAUUCCACAACUUCACAACAAUUAACUUUACCUUCCAUUGUCGUGAUUGGAUCUCAAUCGUCAGGAAAAUCAUCUGUGCUGGAAUCUAUCGUUGGUAAAGAAUUCUUACCAAAGGGCUCUAAUAUGGUGACUAGAAGACCUAUUGAAUUAACAUUGGUUAAUACUCCUAAUGCAAAUGAAAUUACCGCAGAUUUCCCAGCAAUGAGGAAAUAUAAUAUCAAGAAUUUCAAUGAAGUUUCCAAAUUAUUAUUAGAAUUAAAUAUGUCUGUUCCUUCAUCAGAAGCUAUUUCUGAAGAUCCUAUUGAAUUAACCAUCAAGUCACCAAAUGUACCAGAUUUAUCAUUGGUAGAUUUACCUGGGUAUAUUCAAAUAGAAGCUGCUGAUCAACCUUACGAAUUGAAAUCCAAAAUUGCUAAAUUAUGUGAUAGGUAUUUACAAGAACCGAAUAUUAUCUUAGCCAUUUCUGCAGCUGAUGUGGAUUUAGCAAAUAGUUCAGCUUUAAGAGCUUCUAAAUUAGCGGAUCCCAAAGGGUUAAGAACCAUCGGUGUCAUUACAAAAUUAGAUUUAGUGGAUCCAUCCGUAGCUAGAAACAUUUUAAAUAAUAAAAAAUAUCCUUUGAAAAUGGGAUAUGUUGGGGUCAUUACAAAAUCACCUCCCAAGCAAACCACUGCAAGUAGUAUUAUGAAAUCUCGCUCUUUAUUUGCCUCUUCUUCAUCCACCACCACCUCUUCUUCAAUGUUAGGCAAUUCUCAAUCGAAUAAGAAUUCUGUUUCUUCUGAAAGACAAAAUUUAACUCGCCAAUUUGAAAAAAAAUUCUUUAAUGAUCAUAAAUCUGAAUUUAAAAAUUGUCAAAUAUCAACAAAAGUAUUAAGAAAAAAAUUAAUUAAAAUCUUAGAAAUUUCCAUGUCAAAUGCUUUAGAACCAACGUCUGAUUUAAUUCAACAAGAAUUAGAUGAUACUUCUUAUUUAUUUAAGGUAGAGUACAAUGAUCGUCAAUUGACUCCUAAAUCUUAUCUUUUAAAUAAUAUUGAUAUUUUAAAAUUGACAAUUAAAGAAUUUCAAGAAAAAUUUAAUAGAAAUGAAAUGAAAUCGAUAUUAAGAGCCAAUUUAGAUCAAAAAGUAUUAGAUUUCUUGGCUACUCGUUAUUGGAAAGAUGGUCAAAUAUAUGAAUUAUCAAAAGAAUCUAAUACUACAAAGAAUCCUCAAAUUAAUAAUUCUUCAAAUACAACCGAUUCAGAUAUGUUAUAUUGGCAUAGAAAAUUAGAAUUAGCCUCUUCAAGUUUAACAAAGAUUGGUGUUGGUAGAUUAUCAACUGUUUUAAUCACAAAUUCCAUUUUAAAAGAAUUAAAUAACAUAUUAGAUUUAACUAAAUUGAAAAAUCAUGAUUUAAUUAAAGAAUUAGUAAAUAAUACUGCCAUUGAAAUUUUAAAUUCAAAAUAUUAUACUACUGCUGAUCAAGUAGAAAAUUGUAUUAAACCAUUUAAAUACGAAGUAGAUUUGGAAGAUAGAGAUUGGGAUAUUGCUCACGAAAGAUCUAUUAAAUUAAUAAAUGAAGAGUUGAGACAAUGUAACGAUAGAUUUGAAAAAAUUAGGAAUACUAUUGGUGGUAGAAAAUUAAAACAAGUAAUGUCCUAUAUUGAAUCAAAUAAUAUCGAUAGUAAUAAUAAUGCUACCAUUCCAGAAGAAACUCUUGGUAUGUCUAAAUUAUUAAUUGAAAGAGGUUCUGAAGCCUUAUUUUUAAAGAAACGUAAGGACGUAUUAGAUUUUAGAUUAAAAUUAUUAAAGAUUAAAUGUAAUUCUACGAGUGAAAAAGAUCAAUGUCCGGAGGUAUUUUUAAAUGCAGUUAGUGAUAAAUUAACAUCAACAGCUGUUUUAUUUUUAAAUGUGGAAUUAUUAAGUGAUUUUUUCUAUAAUUUCCCAAUAGAAUUAGAUAAAAAAUUAAACGCAUUGACAGAUGAACAGAUUGAAAUGUUCGCUAAACAGGAUAUCAAAAUCGCUAAACAUAUUGAACUACAACAAAGAAAAGAAUUAUUAGAAUUAGCACUUGACAAAAUGGAUUCAAUUUUGUUAUAUAAAAAGAGUUAUAAAAAUGUAAAUAAUAAAUAA